UAUAUGAAUUAAACGAGCCUCUCUCCCAAAGUGCACAACAUUAAAUUCGAUCAAUAUUCUUUAAAUAUGAAAAGUGUCUCUCGAUGUAAAACUGAAUUGGGUAUAGUUCAUUAAAAACCAAUGAUCAACUUAAAACAAAUUCUUAAGGAUCACAAAUCAUUUAGUAAUCACACCCAAAUUGAAACAGCUCGAACAUAUAUGGUGGCAACAGAUUCAUAAAAAAGAUUUCUAAUUCAAAAACGAGGAUCUCGAGUUGCAGCAUCAAAACCAAGAUAUUCUGAAGAAUUAGAGAAAAUAAAAUAAAAAUUUAUUAAAGUAGCAGAAAGCUGGCAUCAAAAAGAAGAAAAUUAUCUCAAAGAACAAACUCUUCUGAAGUAAGAAAUUGCGAGACUGCAUGUGAUUAUUUAGCAUCUUACAAAAAAAUGA